GCCGAUCGGGGAACCGCCGGGAGCGGCGCCCCCCUGCUUUGGGGCCGUUUCUGCAGACGGAAAACUCUCCGGUGUUUGGCAAACUUGGUGCCUCCGCGCCCGUGCCAGUUGCACCACAGAACUCACGCUUGCACACCACCACCCCCGCGAUCACCGCGACCCGAAACACAUCCAAACGAGCCCUCGGCCCGCUGGGGACGCGGCGGCUGCUGGCAGGCGAGGCGGGCGCGCGGUCACGGGAGCAGCUGUGUGUGGAAGAUGGCCUUCCCUCCCUGUCAUAGAUGUGAAAAUGGAGGGCCACCUUAAGGCACAUUCUUAGUGAUGAAACUUCCAUUCUGUCUCCUGACCACCGAUUAUAAACCACUGCAGCAUUUAUCGAUUUAGAAGAAGACUGAUGACCCACAAUCCACAUUUUCCUCCCUACUGGAGAGUACAUUGUUCCUACAACUUUAGGAAUCGACCACAGUUUUCAUCUGCUUCAACUCUUUAACACAAAACUCUUUUCUAAGAGGCACCUCAAACUCAGCAAAUCCAAACUACUUUCAUUAUUUCUUCCUGCAGAGGCUUAUCCUCCAGAACUCCCCAGCUCAGUAUUGAUGUCUUAAAAAAAAAAAAAGAGGAUUUAGUAAAGUGUUUGGAUUUUACUGAAACUCAGCAAAGAUGGCCAAGUAUGGAGAACAUGAGGCCAGGCCUGAUGACGGGCAGAACGAGUUCAGUGACAUCAUUAAGUCCCGAUCUGAUGAACACAAUGACGUGCAGAAGAAAACCUUUACCAAAUGGAUAAAUGCCCGCUUUUCAAAGAGUGGGAAACCGCCCAUCAGUGAUAUGUUCACAGACCUCAAAGAUGGAAGGAAACUGUUGGAUCUUCUGGAAGGCCUCACGGGAGCAUCGCUGCCGAAGGAACGUGGUUCCACAAGGGUGCAUGCUUUAAAUAAUGUGAACAGAGUGCUGCAGGUUUUACAUCAGAACAAUGUGGAUUUGGUGAAUAUCGGAGGAACGGACAUUGUAGAUGGAAAUCACAAGCUGACGCUGGGCUUGCUGUGGAGCAUCAUUUUGCACUGGCAGGUGAAAGAUGUGAUGAAGGACAUCAUGUCAGCCUUGCAGCAGACAAACAGCGAGAAGAUCCUGCUGAGCUGGGUGCGCCAGUCCACCAGGCCAUACAGCCAGGUCAACGUCCUCAACUUCACCACCAGCUGGACAGACGGACUCGCCUUUAAUGCCCUGCUCCACCGACAUAAACCUGAUCUCUUCAGCUGGGAUAGAGUUGUCAAGAUGUCCCCCACUGAGAGACUUGAACAUGCCUUCGGCCAGGCUCAAACGUACUUGGGAAUUGAAAAGCUGUUAGAUCCUGAAGAUGUUGCUGUUCAGCUUCCUGACAAGAAAUCCAUAAUUAUGUAUUUAACAUCUUUGUUUGAGGUGCUACCUCAGCAAGUCACCAUAGAUGCCAUCCGUGAAGUAGAGACUCUCCCAAGGAAAUACAAGAGAGAAUGUGAAGAAGGGGAUAUGAAUAUACAGAGCUCAGUGCCAGAGGAGGAGCACGGGAGCCCCCGGGCCGACACCCCCAGCACCGUCACCGAGGUGGACAUGGACCUGGACAGCUAUCAGACAGCCCUGGAGGACGUGCUGACCUGGUUGCUUUCUGCCGAGGACACGUUCCAGGAGCAGGAUGACAUCUCGGAGGAUGUGGAGGAAGUCAAGGAGCAGUUUGCCACCCACGAAGCUUUUAUGAUGGAGCUGACGGCACACCAGAGCAGUGUGGGGAGCGUCCUGCAGGCAGGGAACCAGCUGAUAACACAAGGGACUCUGUCCGAUGAAGAGGAGUUUGAAAUUCAGGAACAGAUGACCCUGCUGAAUGCUAGAUGGGAGGCCCUCAGGGUAGAGAGUAUGGACAGACAGUCCCGGCUGCACGACGUGCUGAUGGAGUUGCAGAAGCAGCAGCUGCAGCAGCUCUCUGCCUGGUUGACGCUCACGGAAGAACGCAUUCAGAAGAUGGAGACCUGUCCCCUGGAUGACGAUUUACAAUCCUUGCAAAAGCUGCUAGAAGAUCAUAAAAGCUUGCAAAAUGAUCUUGAGGCUGAGCAGGUGAAGGUAAAUUCGUUAACUCACAUGGUGGUGAUUGUUGAUGAAAACAGCGGUGAGAGUGCCACAGCCGUCCUGGAAGAUCAGCUACAGAAACUUGGUGAACGUUGGACAGCAGUGUGCCGAUGGACUGAAGAACGCUGGAAUAGGUUACACGAAAUCAAUAUCUUGUGGCAGGAAUUAUUGGAAGAACAGUGCUUGCUGAAAGCUUGGCUAACCGAAAAAGAAGAGGCGUUAAAUAAAGUCCAGACGAGCAACUUCAGAGACCAAAAGGAGCUAAGCAUCAGUGUUCGCCGCCUGGCUAUUUUGAAGGAAGACAUGGAAAUGAAGCGUCAAGCAUUGGACCAGCUGAGUGAGAUUGGCCAGGAUGUGAGCCAAUUACUUGAUAACCCUAAGGCAUCUAAGAAGAUCAACAGUGAUUCCGAGGAACUGACUCAGAGAUGGGAUUCUCUGGUUCAGAGACUAGAAGAUUCCUCCAACCAGGUGACUCAGGCUGUAGGAAAGCUGGGGAUGUCCCAGAUUCCUCAGAAGGACCUUUUGGAGACUGUUCACAUAAGAGAACAAGUGACCACCAAAAGGUCUAAGCAAGAACUGCCUCCUCCACCUCCUCCAAAGAAGAGACAGAUCCCCGUGGAUAUGGAAGUGAAGAAAAAGUUUGAUGCCCUGAGUGCAGAGCUGCUGGACUGGAUUUUGAAAUCAAAGACUGCCAUUCAGGCCACAGAGAUAAAAGAAUAUAAGAAGAUGCAAGAGACUUCAGAAAUGAAAAAGAAGUUGAAGGGAAUAGAAAAAGAACAGACAGAAAGAAGACCCAGACUAGACGAAUUAAACAAAACUGGACAAAUCCUUUUGGAGCAAAUGGGAAAAGAAGGUCUUCCGACAGAAGAUAUAAAGCAUAUCCUGGAGAAGGUAUUAUCAGAAUGGAAGACUGUAUCUCAGCAUUUGGAAGAUCUGGCAAGAAAGAUUCAGCUCCAGGAAGAUACAAACACUUACUUUAAGCAACUCGACGAGCUUGACAAGACCAUAAAGACAAAGGAGGAGUGGCUAGAACAUGCCCCCUCUUCGGCAUCCCCCCAGCAGGCCUUGCGGAGUGUGAAGCGGGAACUGACGAGUCUCCUUGGCCUCCACCCCAGAAUUGAAACGGUGCGUGCCAGCUGCGCAGCCCUGAAGUCGAGGCCUUCUGCCCCCGAUUUUGUCCAGCAGAGCUUUGAACGCCUCCUGGGCCGCUACCAAUCUGUGCAGCAGGAUUUAGAGGAUCGUCAGCAACAGCUAGAGAAUGAAAUGAGCCAACCUGGACAUGCGUAUUUGGAAACGUUGAGAACUCUGAAAGAUAUGCUAAAUGAUUUAGAAAGCAAGGCCCAGACAUCGUUGGAUGUCUUGAAUGAACCUGCCAAGGUGGAGAAGGCCCUGCAGGAAAAAAAGGCUCUUGAUGAAAUCCUUGAGAAUAAAAAACCUACAUUAUUUAAACUUGCAGAAGAAACAAAGGCUUUGGAGAAAAACGUUUCUCCAGAUGUAGGAAAAAUGUAUAAUCAAGAAUUCAACGAUGUUCAAGGAAAGUGGAACAAAGUGAAGGUCAAGGUUUCCAAAGAUCUGCAUUUGCUUGAAGAAAUGAUCCCCAAACUGAGAGCUUUUGAGGCUGAUUCGAAAGUCAUUGAGAAGUGGAUGGAGGGUGCGAAAGACUUCUUAAUGGAAGAGCAGGCUGUCCAGGGAGAUGCUGAAGGGCUACAAAGGCAGCUUGACCAAUGCUCGGCUUUUGUUAACGAAAUAGAUACAGUGGAAUCAUCGCUGAAAGACAUGAAGGAAGUAGAGACACACCUUCGAAGCUGUCCAGUUGCUGGAAUCAAAACCUGGGUGCAGACCAAACUAGUUGACUACCAAACCCAACUGGAGAAAUGUAGCAGGGAGAUUUCUAUUCACAAAAAUAGGUUGUCUGAAAGACAGGAAAAAGUGGUGAAUCUGAAGAAAGACUUGUCAGAGAUGCAGGAAUGGAUGACCCAGGCAGAAGAAGAAUACCUGGAGAGAGAUUUUGAAUACAAGUCACCGGAAGAACUUGAGAGUGCUGUGGAAGAAAUGAAGAGGGCGAAAGAGGAUGUGCUGCAGAAGGAGGUGAGAGUGAAGAUUCUGAAGGACAACAUCAAGUUAAUGGCUGCAAAGGUGCCCUCUGGUGGCCAGGAGUUGACAUCUGAGCUGAAUGUUGUGCUGGAGAAUUACCAGCUUCUUUGCAACAGAAUUCGAGGAAAGUGCCACACGCUCGAGGAGGUAUGGUCUUGUUGGAUUGAACUUCUUCACUAUUUGGACCUUGAGACCACCUGGCUGAACACUCUGGAAGAGCGAAUGAGGAGCACAGAGGCCCUGCCGGAGAAGGCAGACGCUAUCAACGAGGCCCUGGAGUCUCUAGAAUCUGUUUUGCGACAUCCAGCGGAUAAUCGCACCCAGAUUCGGGAACUUGGCCAGACUCUGAUUGAUGGAGGGAUCCUCGAUGACAUAAUCAGUGAGAAACUGGAGGCUUUCAACAGUCGAUAUGAAGAAUUGAGUCACCUGGCAGAGAGCAAGCAGAUUUCUUUGGAAAAACAACUCCACGUCCUGCGGGAAACUGAUCACAUGCUUCAAGUUUUGCAGGAGAGCUUACGGGAGCUGGACAAGCAGCUCACAACCUACCUGACGGACAGGGUAGACGCCCUCCAAGUUCCGCAGGAAGCUCAGAAAAUGCAAGCAGAGAUCUCUGCCCAUGAGCUAACGCUGGAGGAGUUGAGAAGAAAUGCGCGCUCUCAGCCUCCGACCUCCCCGGAAGGCAGGACUGCUAGAGGAGGAAGUCAGAUGGAUGUCCUGCAGAGGAAACUUCGAGAGGUGUCCACCAAGUUCCAGCUUUUCCAGAAGCCUGCGAACUUCGAACAGCGCAUGCUUGACUGCAAGCGUGUGCUGGAUGGUGUGAAAGCAGAACUGCAUGUGCUGGAUGUGAAGGACGUGGACCCUGAUGUCAUCCAGACCCACCUGGACAAGUGUAUGAAACUCUAUAAAACUCUAAGUGAAGUCAAGCUUGAAGUGGAGACAGUAAUCAAAACAGGAAGGCACAUUGUUCAGAAGCAGCAAACCGACAACCCCAAGGGGCUGGACGAGCAGCUGACUUCUCUGAAGGUGCUCUACAAUGACCUGGGUGCUCAGGUGACGGAGGGAAAACAGGAUCUGGAAAGAGCGUCCCAGUUGGCCCGGAAAAUGAAGAAAGAGGCUGCUUCUCUCUCAGAGUGGCUUUCGGUGACUGAAACGGAACUGGUACAGAAAUCCAACUCGGAAGGUUUGCUUGGAGACUUGGAUACAGAGAUUUCCUGGGCUAAAAAUAUUCUGAAGGAUCUGGAAAAGAGAAAAGCUGAUUUAAAUACCAUUACAGAGAGUAGUGCUGCCCUUCAGAACUUGGUCGAGGGCAGCGAGCCUGUUUUAGAAGAGAGGCUCUGUGUCCUCAACGCUGGGUGGAGCAGAGUGCGCACCUGGACUGAGGAUUGGUGCAAUACCUUAAUGAGCCAUCAGAAUCAGCUAGAAAUAUUUGAUGGAAACGUUGCUCAUAUAAGUACCUGGCUUUAUCAAGCUGAAGCCCUAUUGGAUGAGAUUGAAAAAAAACCAGCAAGUAAACAAGAAGAAAUUGUGAAGCGUUUACUAUCUGAGCUGGAUGAUGCCAGACUGCAAGUUGAGGAUGUUCGCGAUCAAGCCGUUGUUUUGAUGAAUGCUCGUGGAGGCUCGUGCAGGGAACUUGUAGAACCCAAAUUAGCUGAGCUGAAUAGAAACUUUGAAAAGGUGUCUCAACACAUCGAAAGUGCCAAUCUGCUAAUUGGCCAGGAACCAUUAUCAUACCAAUCUCUGGCCACCACUGAAGCUCUUGAAGCUGAUGUGCCUUUCUCUGACUUGGAAAAAUUAGAAAGUGACAUAGAAUAUAUGUUAAAAGUUGUGGAAAAGCCCUUGGAAUCCAGUAAUGAAGAUGAAAAGAUGGAUGAGGAAAGAGCCCAAAUUGAGGAAGUUCUACAAAGAGGAGAACAAAUGUUACAUCAACCUAUGGAGGAUAAUAAAAAAGAAAAGAUCCGUUUGCAGUUAUUACUUUUGCACACAAGAUACAACAAAACUAAGGCAAUUCCUAUUCAACAGAGGAGAACAAGCCAACUAGCUUCCGGAAUUAAAUCAUCACUUCUCCCUCCAGAUUAUUUGGUUGAAAUUAACAAGGUUUUACUUUCCAUGGAUGAUGCUGAGUUAUCACUUAAUACUCCAGAGCUAAGCACUGCUGUGUAUGAAGACUUCUCUUUUCAGGAAGAUGCUCUGAAGAAUAUCAAAGACCAACUGGACAAACUUGGAGAGCAGAUCGCAGUCAUUCACGAGGAACAACCAGAUGUUAUCCUCGAAGCUUCUGUACCUGAAGUCAUUCAGAUCCGGGAUACACUGACUCAACUGGAUGCAAAAUGGGACAGAAUUAAUAGAAUGUACAAUGAUCGUAAAGGUUAUUUUGACAGGACUAUGGAAGAAUGGAGACAGUUCCACUGUGACCUUAAUGACCUCACCCAGUGGACAACUGAAGCUGAAGAGUUACUGGCUGACACCUUGGCUCCAGAUGGUGGCUUAGACCUAGAGAAAGCCAGGGUCCACCAGCAGGAACUUGAAGAGGGGAUCAGCAGUCACCAGCCCAGUUUUGCAGCACUAAACAGAACUGGGGACGGGAUUGUCCAGAGACUCUCCCCCACAGAUGGGAGCUUCUUAAAAGACAAGCUGGCAGGUUUAAACCAACGUUGGGGUGCCAUCAUCGCAGAGGUGAAGGAUCGGCGGCCAAGGCUAAAAGGAGAAAGCAAGCAAGUGAUGGAAUAUAGAAAGAGACUAGACGAGAUUAUCUGUUGGUUAACAAAAGCCGAGAAUGCUGUGCAAAAGAGAUCCACCACUGAGCUGGAAGAAAACCGGAAAGAAUUAACAGACUUAAACCAGGAGAUGGACGUACAAGCUGAGAAACUCAAAUGGCUGAAUAGAACUGAAUUGGAAAUGCUUUCAGAUAAAAGUCUGAGUUUACAUGAAAGAGAAAAGAUUUCAGAAAGCUUAAGAACUGUAAAUUCAACCUGGAAUAAGGUAUGCAGAGACGUGCCGAGUGCACUGAAGGAAUGCGUCCCGGAGCCCUGUUCUGUUUCUCAGUCAAGAACUGCUGCUCAUCCUGGUGCCCUAAAGGUGGUGCUAGUAUCCUCUGCAUCAGAACCUUCUGCUCAGUCUCCUCGUACUUCAGAAAUUUCACUCCCUGCUGAUCUGGAUAAAACGAUAACAGAACUAGCCGACUGGCUGGUAUUGAUCGACCAGAUGCUGAAGUCCAACAUUGUCACUGUCGGGGAUGUGGAAGAGAUCAAUAAGACGGUUUCCAGAAUGAAAAUCACAAAGGCGGACUUGGAACAGCGCCAUCCUCAGCUUGAUUAUGUUUUUACACUGGCUCAAAAUUUGAAAAAUAAAGCUUCCAGUUUAGAUGUGAGAACAGCAAUAACAGAAAAAUUGGAGAAGGUCAGGAACCAGUGGGAUAGCACUCAGCAUGGUGUAGAGUUGCGGCAGCAGCAGCUGGAGGACAUGGUGAUUGACAGCCUGCAGUGGGAUGAUCACAGAGAAGAGACUGAAGAACUUAUGAGAAAAUAUGAGGCUCGACUCUAUAUUCUUCAACAAGCCCGAAGGGAUCCACUUAUCAAACAAAUUUCUGAUAAUCAAAUACUGCUUCAAGAACUGGGUCCUGGCGACGGGAUCGUGAUGGCGUUCGAUAACAUCCUGCAGAAGCUGCUGGGGAAAUAUGGUAGCGAUGACACGAGGAAUGUGAAGGAAACCACCGAGUAUCUGAAAGCAUCGUGGAUCAAUCUCAAACAAAGCAUUGCUGACAGACAGAAUGCCUUGGAGGCUGAGCUGAGGGCAGUGCAGGCCUCUCGCAAGGACCUGGAGAAUUUCCUAAAGUGGCUACAAGAAGCAGAAACCACAGUGAAUGUCCUUGCAGAUGCCUCUCAGCGGGAGAAUGCUCUUCAGGACACUGUCUUGGCCAAGGAGCUCACACAGCAGAUGCAGGCAAGUGCCCAGAAAAAUGUGACCAGUGCUUGUUUACCAUUAAGAUUUAUUACCAUUCAGAAGUGA